CUCCCCCCUCUUCUCCACCCCUGCAAAUGAGGUUUGACCAGCAGAGGCAGAGCCCACCUCUGGCUUAGAAUCACUGACAUUUAGACUCCAGGUUUCAACCUGUUUACAAGCGGACUUUCCAAAGGAAGGGGGUGGGGGAUAGGGCCAUACAAAACAUCAGCCGCCGUCCCCCAAAACAAAAAGUGGCUUUCGGCAGCCUUCAAAUCGGCAGGCACCACUAAAAACAGAAGGGAAGAGAGGGAAGAAAACAACGGCGACUGGGUAGCUGCCUGCAGUUCUGACAACUCCAAAGGGAUACACUUGUAGAAGCGGCUCGCAGGCUGGGGCUCCGCAGAGAGAGGCCAGAAGGUGCCAACCGCAGAGGGGCGCAAAUAUCUCCCCCUAUUCCCCACCCCACCUCCCUUGGGUUUUGUUCACCGUGCUGUCAUCUGUUUUUCAGACCUUUUUGGCAUCUAACAUGGUGAAGAAAGGAGCAAAGAAGAGAACAAAGUAACUCCUGGGGGAGCGAAGAGCGCUGUGACCAACACCACCACCGCCACCACCAGCUCCUGCUUCUGCGGCCACCCACGUCCACCAUUCACCGGGAGGCUCCAGAGGCGCAGGCAGCGGAUCCCAGAAAGGAGCGAGGGGAGGCAGCCGGCUUUUCCAAGGAGUUAUGGAUGUUGGUGCAUUCACUUCUGGCCAGAUCCGCGCCCAGAGGGAGCUAACCAGCAGCCACCACCUCGAACUCUCUCCUUGCCUUGCACCAGGUCUUACCCUUCCAGUAUGUUCCUUCUGAUGAGACAAUUUCCAGUGCCGAGAGUUUCAGUACAAUGUGGAAAUGGAUACUGACACAUUGUGCCUCAGCCUUUCCCCACCUGCCAGGCUGCUGCUGCUGCUGCUUUUUGUUGCUGUUCUUGGUAUCUUCCGUCCCUGUCACCUGCCAAGCCCUUGGUCAGGACAUGGUGUCACCAGAGACCACCAAUUCUUCUUCCUCCUCCUUCUCCUCUCCUUCCAGCGCGGGAAGGCAUGUGCGGAGCUACAAUCACCUUCAAGGAGAUGUCCGCUGGAGAAAGCUAUUCUCUUUCACCAAGUACUUUCUCAAGAUUGAAAAGAACGGGAAGGUCAGCGGGACCAAGAAGGAGAACUGCCCGUACAGCAUCCUGGAGAUAACAUCAGUAGAAAUCGGAGUUGUUGCCGUCAAAGCCAUUAACAGCAACUAUUACUUAGCCAUGAACAAGAAGGGGAAACUCUAUGGCUCAAAAGAAUUUAACAAUGACUGUAAGCUGAAGGAGAGGAUAGAAGAAAAUGGAUACAAUACCUAUGCAUCCUUUAACUGGCAGCAUAAUGGAAGGCAAAUGUAUGUGGCAUUGAAUGGAAAAGGAGCUCCAAGGAGAGGACAGAAAACACGAAGGAAAAACACCUCUGCUCACUUUCUUCCAAUGGUGGUACACUCAUAGAGAAAGGCAACAUUUGUGGAUGCAGCAGAACCAUGGCUCUUUUGCCAAGAAUAGUGGAUAUUCUUCAUGAAGACAGUAGCUUGAAAGGCAAAGACAUGUUGCAGAUGUCUGCUUGCUUAAAAGAAAGCCAGACUUUGAAGGUUUUUGUAUUCACUGCUGACAUAUGAUGUUUUUUUAAUUACUUCUGUAUCAUGUCUUAUAAUCAAGAUAUAGGCAGAUCAAAUGGGAUAGAAGUUAUUCCCAAGUGAAAAACAUUGUGGCCGGGUUUUUGUUGUUGUUGUUGUUAGGUUUUUGUUUUGAAACUUCUGAGAUAGAACUUAAAGGACAUAGAACAAUCUGUUGAAUGAAUGAUCUUCGGGAAAGUUAUUUAUGGAAUACGAACUCAUAUCAAAGACUUCAUUGCUCAUUCAAGCCUAAUGAAUCAAUGAGCAGUAAUACACACAAGCAUUUACUGGAAAGCACUUGGGUCAUAUCAUAUGCACAACCAAAGGAGUUCUGGAUGUGGUCUCAUGGAAGAAUUGAAUAGAAUUUAAAAAUAUAAACAUGUUAGUGUGAAACUGUUCUAACAAUACAAAUAGUAUGGUAUGCUUGUGCAUUCUGCCUUCAUCCCUUUCUAUUGCUUUCUAAGUUAUUUAUUUAAUAGGAUGUUAAAUAUCUUUUGGGGUUUUAAAGAGUAUCCUCAGCAGCUGUCUUUAUCUUUUCUUUUUCUUCAGCACACCACAUGCAUGUUCACGACAAAGUGUUUUUAAAACUUGGCAAACACUUCAAAAAUAGGAGUUGGGAUUAGGGAAGCAGUAUUAGUGCCCAUGUGCUAUCAGUUGACUUAAUUUGUAUUUCUGCAGUAAUAACCAUCAACAAUAAAUAUGGCAAUGCUGUGCCAUGUCUUGAGUGAGAGAUGUCUGCUAUCACUUGAAACCAUACAUUACUCUCGAGGCUUCCUCUCUCAAUAAAUAGACCAGAAGGCUAAAUUCCUCUCUUUCAAUACAUCAAUUUACCUCCAAGAAUAUA